AUGGACUUCACUCAAGGGGCCAACGAAUCACUUCCUCAAGAUGCGGCGUCGCUUCCAUCCGCAUUGACCUCGUCUUUCGCGUCCUGCAAGCCACCUGACUUCGUCGCAUCCCGUCUUGUUACACCUGCUCCCGACGUGGAGGAUAUUCCACUCAAGAACAGGAGGAGAAGCCAGCGCCUAUCCAGCCGCCGCAUGAAGACCUGCGCACGUGUAGGUGGAACAGGCGUAGACGGUUCAGAAAGCAGAGAUGACAAUGCUAACAUCGCCACCAACAGCAGAACACCAACGCGGCCUCUCCUCUCGGCCGCCUUGAGGAUUGUUCUUCUCUCCGAGUUGGUACCCGUCACGAUCAUCAAGCAGCUACAGCUGGCUUCUUCAUCGAUCUGCGGAGACUGUCGGGAGUUGACCGAGUUCCACGUCAACGUCAACUCCCGGACUCCCCGGCGCCUUUGGACGGCCAGCCGAGACGCACGUGGCCAAGGACGCAGCCGGAAAGUGGCAGGAGUCCCCGGGGUGCCUCCCGUGCUCGUGAGGCAGCUGAAACUGAGUGACUGCUUCAACCCAACAUUGACCGGCAUACGCUGGCCUGAACGAUUGAGGGAGAUUGCCUUCGGCAAGCAAUUCGACAACAGCCUCAGCGACGUUCAGUGGCCACAGACGCUGGCGCACGUCCGUUUCGGGUGCUCAUUCGACCAGCCGAUGGACAGAGUGGAGUUUCCUGAAGGCUUGGAGAGCCUGGCCUUCGGGUGCGGCUUCAACCAGCCCCUGGCUGGAGUGAAGCUACCUCGCGGGCUACGGUCGCUUGGGCUCGGCGAAGCCUUUGACCAGCCGUUGGACGGGGUGGAGUUUCCCGAUGGACUGCGGACGCUUGCUCUGGGUGGUGUCUUCGACCAGCCGUUGUGUGGAGUGAAAUGGCCGGUGGGUCUCGAGAGACUGGCGUUGGGCAGAGAGUUCAACCAGCCCAUCAGUGAUGUUUUGUGGCCUCAGGGGCUUCGCCAGAUCGCGUUCAGCCAAGAUUUUGACCACCCGAUCGAGUCGGUGGCGUUCCCGUCCUCUGUGCAAUGGUUAGAGUUCGGGACGAACUUCAACAAGGAUGUUGGCGGUGUCAAGUGGCCGGCAGAUCUCGAGUACCUCAAGUUCGGCUGCAGGUUCAACAAGACCUUGGAGCACACGCGGCUUCCCCGAGGACUAGCGGUCUUGAAGUUCUGCUGCCUGUGGGACCACUCUCUUGCACGGGUAGACCUACCCAAGUCUUUGCAACUCCUGCGCCUGAGUGAUGGAUUCGAUCAGCCGCUAGACAGGGUUCGCUUUCCUCCUAGCCUCACCUAUGUUUACCUUGGCGACAGCUUCGACCAGCCGCUGCACGAAGUGAAAUGGCCGGCCAAACUGAAAGCGCUGUACUUGGGAGAUUCGUUCGAUUACCCGCUUGACACAAACGAGUGGCCGAAGGGGUUGGAGUCCCUCUUCUUGGGGCAGAGCUUCUCCGAGGACCUUGACUCCAUCGAUGUGCCGGCGAGCUUGACAAUCCACGUUGUUGGCGGCUCGUCCGAAGAUUCCGAGGCCGUGGAAUGGCUUUUUUGA